AUGGAUCCAGGAAGCAUCUUCCAGAUCAUCACUAACAGCACUCUGCUGGGUGAGUACACAAAUCUUUCACACUGCUGGUUGUCUAGCAAGAAAUUUAUGGCAACUGUCAUGAGCAUCUGCUCACUGUCCACGGAACCUGACAAAAUGUCACACGAGAUCGACGCCAGACAAGGGCUGCCAACACAAGACGCCAGACAAGGGCUGCCAACACACGACGCCAGACAAGGGCUGCCAACACACGACGCCAGACAAGGGCUGCCAACACACGACGCCAGACAAGGGCUGCCAACACACGACGCCAGACAAGGGCUGCCAACACACGACGCCAGACAAGGGCUGCCAACACACGACGCCAGACAAGGGCUGCCAACACACGACGCCAGACAAGGGCUGCCAACACACGACUCCAGACAAGGGCUGCCAACACACGACGCCAGACAAGGCUGCCAACACACGACGCCAGACAAGGGCUGCCAACACAAGACGCCAGACAAGGGCUGCCAACACACGACGCCAGACAAGGGCUGCCAACACACGACGCCAGACAAGGGCUGCCAACACACGACGCCAGACAAGGGCUGCCAACACACGACGCCAGACAAGGGCUGCCAACACACGACGCCAGACAAGGGCUGCCAACACAAGACGCCAGACAAGGGCUGCCAACACACGACGCCAGACAAGGGCUGCCAACACACGACGCCAGACAAGGGCUGCCAACACACGACGCCAGACAAGGGCUGCCAACACACGACGCCAGACAAGGGCUGCCAACACACGACGCCAGACAAGGGCUGCCAACACAAGACGCCAGACAAGGGCUGCCAACACACGACGCCAGACAAGGGCUGCCAACACACGACGCCAGACAAGGGCUGCCAACACACGACGCCAGACAAGGGCUGCCAACACACGACGCCAGACAAGGGCUGCCAACACAAGACGCCAGACAAGGGCUGCCAACACACGACGCCAGACAAGGGCUGCCAACACACGACGCCAGACAAGGGCUGCCAACACACGACGCCAGACAAGGGCUGCCAACACACGACGCCAGACAAGGGCUGCCAACACACGACGCCAGACAAGGCUGCCAACACAAGACGCCAGACAAGGGCUGCCAACACACGACGCCAGACAAGGGCUGCCAACACACGACGCCAGACAAGGGCUGCCAACACACGACGCCAGACAAGGGCUGCCAACACACGACGCCAGACAAGGGCUGCCAACACCGACGCCAGACAAGGGCUGCCAACACACGACGCCAGACAAGGGCUGCCAACACACGACGCCAGACAAGGGCUGCCAACACACGACGCCAGACAAGGGCUGCCAACACAAGACGCCAGACAAGGGCUGCCAACACACGACGCCAGACAAGGCCUGCCAACACACGACGCCAGACAAGGGCUGCCAACACACGACGCCAGACAAGGGCUGCCAACACACGACGCCAGACAAGGGCUGCCAACACACGACGCCAGACAAGGGCUGCCAACACACGACGCCAGACAAGGGCUGCCAACACACGACGCCAGACAAGGGCUGCCAACACACGACGCCAGACAAGGGCUGCCAACACACGACGCCAGACAAGGGCUGCCAACACACGACGCCAGACAAGGGCUGCCAACACACGACGCCAGACAAGGGCUGCCAACACACGACGCCAGACAAGGGCUGCCAACACACGACGCCAGACAAGGGCUGCCAACACACGACGCCAGACAAGGGCUGCCAACACACGACUCCAGACAAGGGCUGCCAACACACGACGCCAGACAAGGGCUGCCAACACACGACGCCAGACAAGGGCUGCCAACACAAGACGCCAGACAAGGGCUGCCAACACACGACGCCAGACAAGGGCUGCCAACACACGACGCCAGACAAGGGCUGCCAACACACGACGCCAGACAAGGGCUGCCAACACACGACGCCAGACAAGGGCUGCCAACACACGACGCCAGACAAGGGCUGCCAACACAAGACGCCAGACAAGGGCUGCCAACACACGACGCCAGACAAGGGCUGCCAACACACGACGCCAGACAAGGCUGCCAACACACGACGCCAGACAAGGCUGCCAACCACACGACGCCAGACAAGGGCUGCCAACACACGACGCCAGACAAGGGCUGCCAACACAAGACGCCAGACAAGGGCUGCCAACACACGACGCCAGACAAGGGCUGCCAACACACGACGCCAGACAAGGGCUGCCAACACACGACGCCAGACAAGGGCUGCCAACACACGACGCCAGACAAGGGCUGCCAACACACGACGCCAGACAAGGGCUGCCAACACACGACGCCAGACAAGGGCUGCCAACACACGACGCCAGACAAGGGCUGCCAACACACGACGCCAGACAAGGGCUGCCAACACAACGACGCCAGACAAGGGCUGCCAACACACGACGCCAGACAAGGGCUGCCAACACACGACGCCAGACAAGGGCUGCCAACACACGACGCCAGACAAGGGCUGCCAACACACGACGCCAGACAAGGGCUGCCAACACACGACGCCAGACAAGGGCUGCCAACACACGACGCCAGACAAGGGCUGCCAACACACGACGCCAGACAAGGGCUGCCAACACACGACGCCAGACAAGGGCUGCCAACACACGACGCCAGACAAGGGCUGCCAACACACGACGCCAGACAAGGGCUGCCAACACACGACGCCAGACAAGGGCUGCCAACACACGACGCCAGACAAGGGCUGCCAACACACGACGCCAGACAAGGGCUGCCAACACACGACGCCAGACAAGGGCUGCCAACACACGACGCCAGACAAGGGCUGCCAACACACGACGCCAGACAAGGGCUGCCAACACACGACGCCAGACAAGGGCUGCCAACACACGUCGCCAGACAAGGGCUGCCAACACACGCCGACAAGCGCACGACAAGGGCUGCCAACACACGACGCCAGACAAGGGCUGCCAACACACGACGCCAGACAAGGGCUGCCAACACACGACGCCAGACAAGGGCUGCCAACACACGACGCCAGACAAGGGCUGCCAACACACGACGCCAGACAAGGGCUGCCAACACACGACGCCAGACAAGGGCUGCCAACACACGACGCCAGACAAGGGCUGCCAACACAGACGCCAGACAAGGGCUGCCAACACACGACGCCAGACAAGGGCUGCCAACACAAGACGCCAGACAAGGGCUGCCAACACACGACGCCAGACAAGGGCUGCCAACACAUGACGCCAGACAAGGGCUGCCAACACACGACGCCAGACAAGGGCUGCCAACACACGACGCCAGACAAGGGCUGCCAACACACGACGCCAGACAAGGGCUGCCAACACACGACGCCAGACAAGGGCUGCCAACACACGACGCCAGACAAGGGCUGGCAACACACGACGCCAGACAAGGGCUGCCAACACACCGACGCCAGACAAGGGCUGCCAACACACGACGCCAGACAAGGGCUGCCAACACACGACGCCAGACAAGGCUGCCAACACAAAGACGCCAGACAAGGGCUGCCAACACAGACGCCAGACAAGGGCUGCCAACACAGACGCCAGACAAGGGCUGCCAACACACGACGCCAGACAAGGGCUGCCAACACACGACGCCAGACAAGGGCUGCCAACACACGACGCCAGACAAGGGCUGCCAACACACGACGCCAGACAAGGGCUGCCAACACACGACGCCAGACAAGGGCUGCCAACACACGACGCCAGACAAGGGCUGCCAACACACGACGCCAGACAAGGGCUGCCAACACAUGACGCCAGACAAGGACUGGCAGACACAGAAGAGGCAUGGGCCGCGACCUCGCAUUUGUUUCUGCCAGUUCAAAAUAUUACACUCGCGAAAAAGAAUAUUUCUCUUUCUAUCAACGAGGUUGUUGUCUGGGCCAGGAGCUGCGCCGCUGGAGUUCUCUGAGCCUCGCUACUGUGUGACUCUCUCUGAGUCCACCCCCGUGGCUGCUACCCUUCUGACUGUCACUGCUACCCACACGAAAGGUUCGGCAGUGCGGUACAGCAUCACAGGAGGAAACAAAGAUGGACUCUUCACCAUUGAUCAACACUCCGGACUCAUUACUCUGGCGGCUGCCCUGGACUACGAAAUCCACGAUAAGCACGAGCUGGUGGUGGCAGCGGAGGGCAGGGGAGAGACAGUACACACCCUGGUACAGGUCAGAGUUGCUGACGUCAAUGACAACCCUCCCUACUUCCUCAACCCUCAGCCACAGGUCACUGUCGUCGAGGAAGAUGACCGGCACCUCCCAGCAACCAUAGCUAAGGUGGAGGCUACGGACAAGGACUGGCUGGACCACCACGGAUUACUCUACACUGUACGUGGUGACGGUGUUGAUGGUUACCUGCCAGACGAUGCAUUCUUCACUGUCAACUCUCUCACAGGAGACCUCAUCCAACUGAGGGCGCUGGACCGGGAUCCUCCCAGAGGGAAGGAUGUAUGGAAGGUGAGAGUACAAGUGAGGGACGGCCAGGCACUCUGGAGCAAACAAGCCAUAGAUCGUCUUCUCGCAUCCAGCUCAAGCAAGCAAAAAGAUAGCCACACUAACGAAGAAAGCAAACACGAUAAAACUAGAAGAGACGACGUCGAUACAAGAAGAAAAGGCAAUGAAAACAUCUCACAAGAACCUACGCUUCGAGAAACUGAGAGCCACACGGAGAGAGGAAGGAGAAGACAAAGAAAUAGUGAUAACGCACAACACAAGGGAGAUAUGAGGCAAAACAUCGGGUUAAGAAUUGUGUCAGAAGGUAAAAACAGCAGAAACGCUGCUGGUGACACGCAGACAGCAGAGAUGAUGAAACCAGGCCAUGUGCAUCGACAAGGUACGCAGACGAACACUCCUCACAUCCACCCCUAUGGAACCUUAGAGGUCACGAGUAACGCCAGUCUAUCAAAUGAACUCACAAUUGUAAAUAAAGUUCCUGCACACAUGAGCGACGUGAACAGAUCCCCAUCAAGAACAUUAGUAACAAGGAGUGUUGCUGCUACCCAGGAAGACAGUGAUGUCAGUGUUACACAGAGAACUAUGCAUGUAUCUCGUCACAACCAGGUUAUCAAACAUUCAUUGUCUAGAAACAAAAGAAAUAAUAACUUAGUGAUAAAGGGUGUUCAUGCAUUUGGACAGGAAAAAGACGAAGUUAUGCUCAGUGAUUAUAAGAAAGGAAAGAAUUCACCAAAUCCAGGAAUAAAAAGGAGACUAAGAAAAGCAUUUAGCAAAACACAAGCACAUGCAGAACCUUCUGAUCGCAUAUUACUAUCUAACAUCCAAGAAUCGGUUGAUCAACAUACACACAUUACUCUUCAAAGUCACAGAGACUACAGUCGUAUGGAACAUUCCACAUUCCCUAUCUCUUCCACUGUUCAAAGAUCAAAAAAUGCAAUUCGCACAACGUCGCAGGAAAGCGAUAAGCUAGGCUUCACAGCAGCAAGACCAGAAGAGAUAUUAACUCAACAAAUACCAAAAUUACCCCAGAUUAGUGAAUCAAAUAGAAGAGUCGAACCUUAUUGGAAUUACAGAAGCAUAGAAAAUAUCCCGAGUGAGAGUGAUAUAAUGUUACAUAAGCGUUCUAAGUCUGUGUUUACUGAGCUAGUUCCUCAGCAAACCGAAGUUCCCUCCUUGGGAAGAAGAACGCUGGAAUCAGCAGGAAAGGAUUCCUCCAGAGGCAGGAGAACAUCGAGGUCAGCAGAAGAGAACUACGAACUGGGUAACUUCAGCUCAGACAGCGGCUGCGACGACGCGGCUAAUAGCAACAAGACAGAGGCGACAGGUCGUCGUCUGGACGGCAGCAGUUUACAAGGUGUGGCUGGGUCGCGGGUACACGUAGCGGAGACUGUGGUGACGGUGCUGGUGAAGGACAUCAAUGACAACCCUCCAGUCUUCCCUAACGCAACCAUGUUUGGUGAGGUCCAGGAGAACGGUCCUAUUGACUUGUCAGUGGCCGUGGUGGCUGCCUGGGACGCUGACGACAUCACUGAAGGAACCAACGCCAGGAUAACUUACUCCAUCGCCAAAAACGUGGUGUACGAGCCCACGGGAGAGGCCAUCUUCUCCGUGGACCCAGACACUGGUCUCAUCCGCACUGCCAUCUGUUGUCUAGACCGAGAGACCACACCAGAGUACGAGAUCCAGGUUGUGGCGGUGGAUGGUGGUGGCCUCAAGGGUACUGGUGUGGUGGUGAUCCGUCUGGUGGACGUGAAUGACAAUUCUCCCAGACUGGAACGUUCACUGUGGGAGGUGGAGACGGAGGAGACCUGGGGCUCUGAACCUCCACACAACUCCACCAUCCUCCACAUCUCUGUCAUCGACACCGACACGUCAAACUACUUCUUCUACAGGAAGCUGAAGUUGAGGCCAGUGGGUGGGGCUGGAUCUCUCCUGCAGGUGAUGUUGUGGUCACCUGACGGUGUUAACAUGGUAUCUCUGCAGGUGGUGGAGGCCAGUGGGUGGGGGCUGCGUCUCUCCUGCAGGUGGUGGAGGCCAGUGGGUGGGGCUGGAUCUCUCCUGCAGGUGAUGUUGUGGUCAACUGACGGUGCUAACAUGGUAUCUCUGCAGGUGGUGGAGGCCAGUGGAUGGGGCUGGAUCUCUCCUGCAGGUGAUGUUGUGGGUUUACCUGACGGUGCUAACAUGGGGUCUCUGCAGGUGGUGGAGGCCAGUGGGUGGGGAUGGAUCUCUCCUGCAGGUGAUGUUGUUUGGGCACCUGACGGUGCUAACAUGGUGUGUCUGCAGGUGGUGGAGGCCAGUGGAUGGGGCUGGAUCUCUCCUGCAGGUGGUGGAGGCCAGUGGAUGGGGGCUGGGUCUCUCCUGCAGGUGAUGUUGUGGUCACGUGAAGGUGCUAACAUGGUGUGUCUGCAGGUGGUGGAGGCCAGUGGAUGGGGCUGGGUCUCUCCUGCAGUGGUGGAGGCCAGUGGAUGGGCUGGGGUCUCUUUCCUGCAGGUGAUGUGUGGUCACCUGACGGUGCAACAUGGUGUCUCUGCAGUGGUGGAGGCCAUGGGUGGGCGGAUCUCUCCUGCAGAUGAAACUCACCGUCGAGGCUUCAAGUUCAUGGUGCAAGUGACUGACAAGGUGAGUCCAGGCUUCAAGUUCAUGGUGCAGGUGACUGACAAGGUGAGUCCAGGCUUCAAGUUCAUGGUGCAGGUGACUGACAAGGUGACUGACAAGGUGAGUCCAGGCUUCAAGUUCAUGGUGCAGGUGACUGACAAGGUGAGUCCAGGCUUCAAGUUCAUGGUGCAAGUGACUGACAAGGUGAGUCCAGGCUUCAAGUUCAUGGUGCAAGUGACUGACAAGGUGAGUCCAGGCUUCAAGUUCAUGGUGCAAGUGACUGACAAGGUGAGUCCAGGCUUCAAGUUCAUGGUGCAGGUGACUGACAAGGUGAGUCCAGGCUUCAAGUUCAUGGUGCAAGUGACUGACAAGGUGAGUCCAGGCUUCAAGUUCAUGGUGCAAGUGACUGACAAGGUGAGUCCAGGCUUUAAGUUCAUGGUGCAGGUGACUGACAAGGUGAGUCCAGGCUUCAAGUUCAUGGUGCAAGUGACUGACAAGGUGAGUCCAGGCUUCAAGUUCAUGGUGCAGGUGACUGACAAGGUGAGUCCAGGCUUUAAGUUCAUGGUGCAGGUGACUGACAAGGUGAGUCCAGGCUUCAAGUUCAUGGUGCAGGUGACUGACAAGCCUCACUAUUGGUGCUCCACCACUGGAGCCUCACUACUGGUGCUCCACCACUGGUCACUGUCUAUCCCCCAGGGACGCGGGGGGUGGAGGGACGCACGUCACAUGGACGCAGCCUGGGUCACCGUCCGUCUGAAGGACGUCAACGACAACCCGCCCCAGUUCCACCGUCCUCACGCCCACGUUACUGUGAGGGAGGACGCCCACCCUGGCACCCUCCUGGCUGCCCUCCCCGCCCACGACCCUGAUAUGGGUGGAGAAGGUGUUGUGGACUACCACCUGGAGGGAGCCUGGGGAGCUCUCAGCGUCGACUCUGAAGGAGCAGUAACCUUAAGACGUGGACUGGACCGCGAGGCUCCUGACGGGGCUAUAGGUGUGGCCAGGAUCGUGGGCGUGGACCGUGGGCGGCCGCCCCUCACUGCCACUGCCACCCUCACCAUCACUGUCACUGACGUCAACGACAGUCCACCAGUACUGCUGCCACCCACACUCUUCCAUGUGACGGAAGGUGCCGCCCCCACACUCCUGGGUGCCCUUACUGCCACGGACCACGACGUGUGGGCACUGGGCCAUGGCCCGCCCUUCAACCUCUCCCUGGCGCCCACCAACCCCGCCCACGUCCUCGCCCACAUAGCACUCAAGUUCGACCCUCACCUUGACAGUGGUCGUGGAGGGGCGGAGGUGUGGACAGUGGGCGCCGUGGACAGGGAAGAGCACCGUCAGCUGCUGGUGGGCGUCCUGGUGGCUGACGCGGGGGGAGUGGCUGCCACCCACACUGUUACUGUCAUUGUCGACGACAUCAACGACAACCCCAUGAAGCCUGGAACCAAGACUGUCUACCUCUGGAAGACUCAGGGCGGAGGGUCGGAGGCGCCGCUUGGUCGAGUGUUCGUGGACGACCCCGACGACUGGGACCUCCCCGACAAGAGCUUCCACUGGCGGGGCGCUCCACAUCCUCUUUUCUCCCUCAACACUCACACUGGCGACCUCUUCGCCUCCAGCCAGGUGAAGGCCGGCAGGUACGACCUGCAGUUCAGCGUGGACGACCUGUUGUGGGGUCAGAAGGACGUAGAAGCCAACGUGACUGUGGCUGUGAGGGUGUUGACCCCAGACACCCUCGCCCACGCUGCCCCCAUCAUCCUCACGCCCACCACCCCCGCCCACCUCACCCAAGGGUGGACACCGCAGCAGGGAGGGGGCGGGCUGGGACGGGUGAUGGAAGGCGUGUUGGGGGCGGUGGGUGAGGCCGCCCAUACGGUGCAGGUGGUCAGCAUGUACCCCUACGGAGGUCAAAUCCACCCAGACCACCCACAACCAUCCGGCUCCACCGCCGACCUCACCCAUUCACGCCCACGGGCCACGACGCCCACGGUCCACUCGGCGUGCGUGUGGGUGAGCGUGAAGAAGGAGCGAGGAGACUUCAUGGAUCCCGUCAAGUUGAAAGGCCUGAUGGCUUUACACUCACACCAGAUUGAGGCGCUGACCAAUCUGACGGUGGUGAGGGAGUCAUCGACAGUGGUGAGGGGGUAUUCGACUUCUGGGUCAAGGGGAGAGACGAGGGGUCUUCAGGAUGACCCAGCCCUCAAUUCCCUGCACCAAGACGGCCCCCUUGACCCUUCUUCUGCUGCCUAUCGUGCCUCCACUACUCUGCCGCUACAGGUGGUGGACAUCAAUUCGACGUCGCUGGUGACGCCGCGUCUUGCGUCUCUCCCCUCCUGCCUUCACCAGGAACCGGACGCCUGUACUCCCUCGUCCUGCCUGAACGGUGGUCGCUGCUCUGGCUUCCCCACCGACCACAGGUGUGUGUGUCCCGGAGGGUCGUGGGGGGCGCGGUGUAAGGUAUUGGCCAGGACUUUCAGGGGUGAUGGGUGGGCGUGGGUCCGCCCACUGCCGCCCUGCUUCCCCACCACCAUAUCCUUGAGGCUCCUCACACGCCGCCCACACGCCCUCCUCCUCUACUCUGGUCCAAUGGCCCCCAUCCUGCGACGCCCGGACGACCCGCCCACGCCCAUGCUGGCUCUGCAGGUGUGGCGUGGGCGACCUCAGCUGCUGUUGGAGGGAGGUGCAGAGGCGCUCAAGCUGGAGGUCAACAGCACAGUCAACGAUGGCGACUGGCACACCAUCCACCUCCACCUCCACUCUCACGGAGCGACAUUGAUGCUGGAUCUGUGUGGCAGCCAGAGAAACGACCACAACUUAGUGGACGACCCUCACUGUCUUGCUCGAGGGUCUUGGACGAACCCUGAUCAGGUGUGGAUGUAUUUUGGGUCAGAUCCCGUGCAAGUGGGUGGGCUGGCCCAUACGCCCCCUAGCCCCGCCCACCAUGGGUGGAGAGAGGCGCCCACACCACGCCCUCUAGACGGAUGCGUCUCACACCUCACGUUCAACAGUCAGCUGGUGGACCUGGGGCAGCUACCCGACAGCAGAAACACUGCCCCCGGCUGCUACCCGCAGGAUGAGGGGUGUGUGAGUGGCUGUGGACACCGUGGGCGGUGCGUGGGCGGCCUGGGACACCCGGAGUGUGAGUGUGACCCAGGGUGGGCGGGUCCAGGGUGCAACACUCCCACCAUCCCCGCCACUUUCGGGUCUUCGUCUUUCGUGAAGUUUGCGUUGUCUUUCACGCCGGCGCCGCAGGUGAUGUCAGUGCAGCUGCGCCUGAGGACGCGAGGUCUUCGUCAGGGCCUUCUGCUGCACAUGGCGUCUCCCAGACAGUCUGCGGCUUUCACAAUACACCUGCGAGGAGGUGUGGUGUGUGCCACAGUGUCAGGGGCAGGGUGGGCGGCACGUGCGGCCUGCGUGGAGGGGCGGCCGGUGGGUGACGGUGCCUGGCACACCGUCAGGGCGGAGCGUCACGGUGCCAAUAUGGUAGUGAGCGUUGACGACGGUGACGGAUGGCGACGUAACGAGUCACUAGUGUCACUGAGACAGUCUGACGCUGUCGGAGGUGGACAGGAACCUGCAGUGCAUCUGGAUGACGGGGUGACGGUGGGAGGCUUCCCCGACUCAAUGGGAGUCAGCUUGUUUAACGUCUUGGAUGACCUCACAGACAGUUGUUUGGACGACGUGCGAGUGUCAGGUCACCAGCUGCCGUUGCCACCUGGCCUGAAUGGCAGCAGGUGGAGUCAGGCGACCAGCUGGCAGGGUCUGGAGCCGGGCUGCUCGGCCCCUGACGCCUGCCUCAACACCACCUGUGACGCCCCACUCUCCUGCGUCUCCACCUGGGGCAGUGCCACCUGCAGGUGUGGGAGAGGACAGCAGGUGGUGGGGGGAGUGUGUGAGGACCUGGACGAGUGUGUGUGGCAGCCCUGUCUCCACGGAGGCUCCUGCUACAACCUGCAUCCAGGAUUCCAGUGUGUGUGUGGCCCUGGCCAUGCUGGGGAUCACUGCCAGUGGACCCACCCGGCCACCCCGGGCCACCCACUCACAGCUCCCGUGGCCAUCGCAGCGCUGACACUCUCUCUACUACUCCUGGUCGUAGUUGGCGUAGUGAUCUCCCUGCGGCUGCGUCAACAGUGGUCCUCCCGGGCACCACAAGAAGGCCAGAACGAAUCAAGAGGCCAGGCUGAGGCUGGGGAACAGGGCCGGGCAGGAGGCCAGGCUGAGGCUGGGGAACAGGGCCGGGAAGGAGGCCAGGGCGUCACUCUCUUGAAAGUAAAAGAUGCUGACGAGGAAAGAGGAAUGACGGAACUGCAGGAAAGCGAGGGCCACCAGUCACUCCUGCAGGGCAUGAAGCUGGGACCACCACACUCUCACUUCAACAACACAGGUACACAUGCUACUGGUAUCAUCAUCAUCAUCAUCAUCGCUACAACACAGCUCUUAUUACCGUAUUUCUCGGCAUAUAAGGCGAGCUUUUUCCCCACAAAAUCUUGGAAAAUAAACCAUGGUACGGGGUUACGUUACAACUGCUUGGAAACAUUGUCUUAUAUGAUCAUGCGCCUAAUAUACCGAAAUAUACGAACUGUAAUUGCUUAUCGUACAUUCUUUCCAGUUACUGAAGAUAACCCACAGACAGUCGAUGCUCCAGUCGGCCCCGCUGUUCCGGUAGGGACGGUCGUGUCCAUAAGUUCUGGCAUAUCUUUGUCCGUAGUCCUGCCAGCCAGCGUGGGAACCGUGACAGGCACAGGGGUGGUGAGCCCGGACCCACUCCCAGCCAAGGACGACCUCAGAGCCUACGCCUACGAGGGAGACGGGUCGUCUGCCGGGUCACUCUCCUCAGCAUUAUCAGGUCUCCGGGAGGAGCAGUGGGAGAAGGACAACAUUAACCUGUUAGUCCCGGAGCUUCUGGAAGUAGUGGAUCUGCUGAAGAACCUGCCAGAGGCCGCCAGUUCCUCGCUGAGUUCGAGGCUCCGCGAGGGCGGAGAGAGGGUCAUGAAGGAAUCUUCGGCAAGAAGGGCUGCAUUACCCCGCUGCACGACAAACAAGGUUCCCACAGUGGAAACCGAGAAGACGGCAGGUGCUCGACCAGCUGUAUGCUCUCCAGUUCUUAAACUGAAGCCGAGUGAAGGGGACGGGACGACAGAGUGUUAAAAAACAGUGAAUGUGCAAUUGCGAAUAACACGUUACACAACGAGCAUUUAUUGACACACCAUUUUGCUUUGUGUAGAGCUCUAUCAGGUCACGAUUCUGUGCAGAGCUUCAAGUCAUGAUCCCGUUUACAGCUUUUUCUAGUCACGAUUCUGUGUAGAGCUCUAUCAAGUCAUGAUCAAAUUUUUGCCCAACACAUAGCGAAACGUUGUCUCAACGAAAGCUUGUUCCACAGUGCUCCUUGAAUUUCAGCGAAUUGGCACCACAGCAGUGUAACAAUCCGUGGCAUGGUCUGACACCUGACCUCAUAGGUGACGAACUCCCAUCCCAGAACUACUGUCUGAUAUAUACUCAUCAUACACAUGCAACCCCUGCAAACAUGCCACACAUGUGCAACACUUAACCAGCUGAGUGAUGGAACACUGUGAAAUAAAAAAAAUAGAAGAUAAUUUCCUCUGUCAUCGUACCCACCCAAGAUAUCGAUGUUUUCCAACCUUUUAAUUGGACCCUCAAGAAUAGAAUACAUUAUCUGGUCAAUGUCAGUGUUAAUGUUACAAAAUAAAAUUAUGGACAAGAGUGUUUGUUCGUACUGAUGGUGUAUUGAAAAGAUUAAAUUGCCAAAUGUGUGAUAAUACAGAACAGUACAGAAUAAUUGCUUAUGGAAAUAGAGAGGCACGCGUAACAGAGCAUUUGCUUCGCUCGAAUGUAAGGUUUAUCAAGCCAAGACGUGAGAAAGCUGGCUUCUGGAUACGAAAUGUCUAAUAAAGUCUUGCCCUUUACAUUACCACAGAUAACUAACUAAACGGGGCUUGAAAAGGGGACGUUUUUUCAGUAAUUACCAAUGAAAAGUGACGAGAUGACCCCUUUCAGUUCGUGGUGUUACUUCCUCAGGGCUGUGAUUUUCCUGGACACUAACUCGCUUUCAUUCAUUUCUUAAAAACAAUUUUUUUCCUGGUGCAUGAAAUACAAUGUGAUUUCGGAUAUUUUGUAUUUUUAUAGAAUAUCUGAAUUAUACC